UUGGCCAAUUAUUCCCGCCAGCUUCUUCUGUACGCUUCCAUCGUGUGAUCUUUAUUUCAUGUCAGGAACAUACUCUUUUUCGUUUAUCUAGACACGGCAAAGGGGCUAGGGUUUUGACCCAUGGCUAUGGACAACGGGCCAUUGAGCGGAAGAAGGGGAGACAACAGCGCUGGCUAGGUUUUCUACGGUAGCCUGGCUGGAUUCCGAUGGCUGUGAGCAGAGGGCCUUCGGAAAAAUUUUGCAGCUACAGUGUCUCGAUUCCGUGUAUUAGAUCUAUCAAGAUGCCUGCGAUGAAGAAGAAGUCAAAGAGCUCAACCAGCAUCAAACAUUGCAUCCAAUAUAAUAGAUCUUAGAUGCCGUGUAGAUCAGACCGGGUACUCUAACUGUAAAAGCCAGAUUCUUUCCCAUUCCUUCGUCUCAAUCUUCUAAGAGCAUGAAAAAAUUUAGGCUAAGGCAUGGGUAAGAGAAUCUAUAUUUCAAUAUCCCAUUUUCUUAAUCUACAUGUCUACAUAGUUGCUGUUACAUAUUUACUUAAAAAUAUGUCUAAUUUUGUAGUAAAAAAGGGAAUUGGUUUGUAGGAGCAAUGCUCGAUAUGUGUUUGAGGGAAUGCCUCUUUGGUUCAAUUUAGUUGCUGGAACCUUGAUCUAUUUUCAUCCCUCAUCCUCUUUUCUCACAGGUUGUUGUCUUCAGCUUUGAUGUGAACUUAAGUGUAUGAGUUGGAGAAGAUGAAGCACAAGGAUAAAACACAUAGAGUGUGGAGGCAGAAUAAUGAUUUUAAAAAAGAUUAAGAUAUGCAAUUUUUUUAAAUUUUAAUUUAGUAUUAUGAAAUUAAUUAUUUUUUGGUGAUUGAUUAAUCACUUUUAAUUAGAACGUACUGAUAUCUAGAAAUUAGCUCCAUGAAUUAAUCACUUUUAAUUAGUACUGAUAUCUAGAAAUUAGCUCCAUGAAUUUUAAUUUAGUAUUAUUAUGAAAUUAAUUAUUUUUUGGCGACAACACUAUUUUGUUAUUUCUAUUUCAAUUGAUUUGUUAUAAUUUAUAUAUAUUGAGAGCAAGAUUUUAAUGUUUUUGUCAAAGGAGACUAGGAUAUUUGCUUAUAGCCUUUGUCUGUUAUAUUUGCUUAUGAAAAAGCUUUAGAAAUUCAUAUUUGUUUUCAAUUUUAAAAAAAAUUAACCCAAUUUCUUUUCAAAUAAUAAUUCUUUUUAAACUUAUCUGGUCUCUUAUUUUGUGUCAGAAUGUUAAGCUCCUUUGUAUGAAACUAUGCAGAAUUUGCUUCACAAUGCAAGAUGUUACCUUUGGCACACAAUUGUAACUGGACAAGAUCACAAAACAGCAUGUGGAAGAACAUUCAAAUUUUUAAUGGGUGCCUUGGACUCUUGGAGGCUAAAUGGAUCCACUCCUCAAUGUUAGUAUUUUUGAAAAUAUGAAAAGUUGAGUUUUUUGCUUCUGAAUAUAAUUUAUUUUAAUAUAUAAUUUUUGUUCUUAUAAAGAUUAAAGAUUGCUUGAAUGCUAUAGAGCUUUUUGGUGAACACCAAUAUGGAAUUAUGGUCGAUACUUGAUAUGGAGUUAAAAUGGUCAGGAAUAUGCAAGUUAAUCAUGUCAGAUUAGGUUAUCCCCUUCACUAUAUUCUUAUAGAUUAUUUAGCAAAUACCAGUGGAAGAAAGUAAGAGUCAUGGAUGAGGAGUCAUGGCUUACCAGUGAGACUUCUUGCAGGGGAUCUUACAAAGCACUGCUAUGAAAUUACUCUCAAUUGCCCUCACCUCCAUUAGGGUUAUGGAUUGUACUCUUUCUCUUGAUUGCCUUUAAUGCAUCCAUCUAUAUGUUUCAAUUUGUCUCAAAUUGCCAUCUUGAUGUUUGAAAACGAUGCCAAAAUGAUCCCAUGAAAUGGAUGGAAUCAUUUUGAAGUGCUUCUUUAUCCCUAAAAUUGAGUGCCUGUUUGAGAGAUAUUAAACAGAGAACCAUUUUGGGAAGAAAAAGAAUAUUAAAGGACAAAAUGGUCAUAUUUGAUGGCCCACGACCAAUUUCUGUGUCGGAGAAUUUUUUUUAUUGAUUUUCUUUUAUUUUGAUUUAUUUUUUUUUUUGGAUUAAUUUUCCUAAAACUAGACUUCUCAAAUAUUAGAUAAUUUGAAUUCAUUUUUUUUAUAAAUAACAAAUCUCAACAAUAGCUUACCGAUAUUGGAGGAUUUGGAUGCAUAUGUAUCAUAACAAUUUAUCCAUUAUGCAGGUAUGUUUACAUGUACUCUAUGAACUAAUUUUGUUGAGUUCUGAAGAAACAGUAAUACUAUGAGGGACCUCAACAAUGGAUGACUUUGACUACCAACACCAGAGAAAGCAUGGUCAAAGGUAUAAUGUUCCAAUUUCAUAUAAUAAUAUUUAAUUUUGGUUUUUUCGUAGUGGAUCUUAAAGUUAAAAUUAUAAGUUGUGAUUAUGUUUGAAUCUAGAUGUUGAAUUUGUUAAAACUAAGACUUCUUUGAUUAAAAAAAGUCUCCAACGAAAUAGGCUAACUCAUCUUAUCAAGAACAAGAUUUUGAUGAUGACUAAUUGGACGAGGGGCCACAAAAGAAAGUAUUUGAACCAUGCUCCUAAUUAGGGACAAUUGAUCAGAUUUUAAGAGUGAUGUUCCUAAGUUCAAUCUUUGUUCAUAUUUUGGCCUUUAAUAUUGUCCUCAGAUACUUUUAUUCAUUUUGUAGAGGUUGUCCUCAAAUUUGUCUUUACCCUUUGUCUAUCUGUUCACAUCUUUUUAUGUGCAGGAUAUUAAGAAUUAAAACAACUCGAAUCUGAGCUAGGAUAUAUAGUCUCUAAUAAAAUUUAGUUUGUCAUGGUAGAUAAUUUUAAUAAUGCACUGCUACAAUUUGCUUACCAUGUAGUACGGGUAUUUUUUAUUUUCUUAUCUUUAUACCCAAUGUGUUAAAGAAUCAACUUCAAUUUUCGUUAUGAUUAUGCUUUUCUCUUCAGUUGUUCAGAAUACUCUAACAUGUACCGUGUAUUACACAUUUUGUUUAACCUUGUGAAAUGCUUUUCACUCACAGAUAAAGAGCUUAAGGUUACAGAUGACGUUUGAAAGCCAUAGAGGAUUUGCAUUUAUAGAAUUUGUUAAGAAGCAAAAAGCCCAAAAUGCCUUUGAAUCCCAUGAUACUAGAGAUUUGAUGGAGUAUAAUUAAGUUACUCCUACUCCUUGAAUGUUCAAAUUAAACUUUUGGUCAGAAUCAAAUGUUGUGCAUAUAUAGACUGCAUGUGACUCGGUUUGGUAAUUUACAUGAAAAAUUAGUAUCAUUUGAUUAGAAUACUUUUUUUUGGGUAAAAGUCCCAAUCCGUUGAAUUUUCUGGUCAAGCAUUGUUCACCGACUCGCCAUUGGAAGUUUCAAAGUGCGAGCUGAGCAUUGAGUAGAGUCAGAAGCAUCAUGGACGUCGGCGACGGCAAUGGAGAGAGUUCUUCAAGCUUCGUGAUCGGCCUCAUUGAGAACCGCGCCAAGGAGGGGAAUUGAUCCUCAUAGGCGCAUAUUGGCAAGCUGGGCACAAUGGCAUCCAGUGUUGAAAACAAAGUCUUUCGGGACAACGUUCUUGGCAGUCUUCAAGUUUUGACCACCUUCCCAGGUCAUCCGCCUAUCUUCUUCUUCCGUUUAGAUUUUAUUUUGGGCGUGGGGUGUAUAUGCCAAUUGCGAAGAGUUUGACGGAUGAAGAAACCUAAUCGAAUCAGUGGAUCUGAAUCUGCUAAUUGGGCGUAGAAAUAAAAGUUUUGCCCCUGGUCUAUUUUUUUUACUCCGUGAGUUCAUUCAUAUUCUACAUCAGCAAAGCAAAGGUAAGUUUAAAAAUCUUCAAUUAAAUUUAUGCACAACCUAGAUAUUGUUGUGAUGAAUGUCUCAUGAUUCCAUCAAUCAAAUAUGCAUUGAUGCAUUAUUACGCCUAUAUAUGGGAUUACAUUCUGAUUUGGCAUUAAUGAAAUACUCUUUUUUUUAUCAUGUAGUAUUUAAAUUUUAAAAUUGAUUUAGUUUUAGCAUCUGGACCAUUUGAGUGGUACUCAAUAGCUGUUUGAUGUAUCGCAUCACUGAGAUGGAGGGUGCACGAUUCCAGCCAUGACUCCGUGAAAAGAAUGCUUGCAAACGAGGAGGAUUUACAAACAGAAAGAACUCCUUUGGGAAAUGCUAAUGAAGAAUUUCACCUAAUGGAAAACAAGGUUCUAUCAUCCUUUGCCUCCCCCUGGAAGAAAAAGAAUAGACCCUAAAUUGUGUUGGAUAAGAUGCAAGGUUGGCGAUCUAUUUGUCGAAUAGUGGAUUGGAAGGUCUAUUCGUUCUUCAAGCUGUGUUCCAAGUUUUUUUUACCCGAAUUUAUUUGGACGCUACAUCAUAUUGGAGCCAACAACCAGUGGUAACAAAAGAUUAAGCAGCUCGCACUGUUAUCCCUGCUUGCUGUAUUGUUGUGAACUUAUCAUGCAAGGCGAAGGAUCUUAUUGAGAAACAAGUGUCUGCUCUCUCUCAAACUCAGGAUAAUACUCUAUACAUGUUUCCAUCAACACCCCAGGUACCUCACCUUCUAUCAUUGUUAAUAUAUUUAAUGAAAAAACUUUCAUUCUGUGCGUGCAGGAAGUUAAGAACAUUUAUUCACAAACAUCAUCACCCUAUGAAUGAUUAAGAAAUUAGUAUACAAUAAAGUAAUGUUACUCAUCUACGAUAUUAAGAACGAAGAAACCAUAAGAAUAAACGUUUCACACUUGGCCCUUGAUUGGUUGGGGAAUUCGGAGGGGAGGGAAGGGGAUGAGUAACAUCUACAUUUAGAUGGUAUGAAAAAUUAUACUACGUCUAGAAAUACAUGAUUUAUUAAAACUAAAAUCAAACCUUUCCUCCUUACCUCAACAAAAUCCCAACAAAACAUUCACUCUUAAUAUAUGCAAAAAAAUCAUAUUUCCCCCCAUUUUCAUUGGUGACCAAGCACUCUUCAAGUGUUUUGGAAGCAAUGGCUCUACUGGACCAGAAGCUGUGGUUGCUACUGAAAGGAAUGCUGCUAUUUUGACAGCCAAAGCCGGUGCAAGGGAUCCAUCUGCAAUUCCCUCUAUAUGUUGCAUAUCUGCUGCACUUCAGUCUACUGCAGGUUAGUUUCUUCACCAGAUGGGCGCUUUUCUGUUCCAAUAAUGAGAGAAAGUUGUCAUCAGAAUACACACAUUUGCAUUAGGGGCACCCCUGCAGCCGCGCUAUUGCUGCUUUGCAUUGUCGUAGUGUACACAUAUAUCUGCAGCAGUCUUCAUCUGUAUAAGAAUGACCAAUUGCUUAGUUGCCCAUCCAAAUAGAAGUAAGGAAAGCAGGCAGCAUAUUUUCUAUACAAAGAAUUAAGGUUGGUGAAUUUAAUUCACUUAUUGAUUGAAUAGUUAAUUUGGUUGAAGCAUCUAUGCUAUAUCGACUAAAUGAUGAAACACCUUCCCAAUUGUAAAUUUAUUAACCUAUAUUUGAUAUUCCAAGAAAAUGCUCCAUAACUC